GGUUUAGGGGUUUCUUUUCUGCCUCACUUCUGGAGUCUUUUUUGCAGGUUGAAAGCAGCUGGCACCCAGAUGUACACCAGAAAAGUUGCAGACUUGUGGGAUCUGCACAGUGAAUACAACAUCAUUGUCAACUGUGCGGGCCUUGGAGCCCACCACCUGGUGGGGGAUGAGAAGCUCUUUCCUGUCAGGGGACAAGUACUCAAGGUUCAUGCUCCUUGGGUGAAGCACUUCAUCCGGGAUGGGGAUGGCUUAACUUACAUCUACCCAGGGAUACACAGGGUAACCCUAGGGGGAACCAGGGAAAAGGACAGCUGGAGUCUCUCCCCUGAUCCUGGCACUACCAAAGACAUCUUUGACAGAUGCUGCUCCCUUGAGCCCUCCCUGCAGGAAGCUCAGGAUAUCAAGGUGAAGGUGGGCCUGAGGCCAUCCAGGUGGUGCGUGAGACUGGAGAGAGAGGUCUUGAGCCAAGGAAGAGUUCAGCUCCCAGUGGUCCACAACUAUGGGCAUGGGGCCGGUGGCUUUUCAGUGCACAGGGGCACAGCCAAGGAGGCUGCUCGCCUGGUGGGAGAGUGUAUUGCUGCCCUGCAAGGCUCCUCAUCGAGGGCCAAGCUUUGA